AUGAUACAGUUAUCUAAUAUAUUAAACGGUCUGUGGAGACAAUCUAUGGUUAGAUGUGCAGAUAACAGUGGUGUUAUAAAAGGUUGUAUUAUUGGAAUAGGAAAAAAUAAAUGGGGAACAGGCAAAAUAGGAGAUCGUAUAAGAGUAUCAAUAAGAGAUAAAACUAGUGAUUGUAGUAUUGCUGAAAAAACACCUAAAGGUAUUAUUGUUAGAAGAAAAAAAGAAACCAAAAGAAAAGAUGGUAGUUAUAUUAAAUUUGAUGAUAACGCUUUUGUUAUGAUUUCUAAAAAUAAAUUAAAAGCCACAAAAAUUAAAGGACCAGUAGCAAUGGAAACACGUCAUAAUUGUAGAAACUUGGCUAGGUAUAUUUUUUAA